CAAGAAAAUGAGGACCUGUACGGUAUUCUGGAGGUCACUAAAGAUGCGACACCAGCCGAUAUCAAACGAGCUUAUCGUCGCCUCGCUCUGAAGUAUCACCCAGACAAAAAUCCAGAUGAUCCUGCGGCUGCGGAAAAGUUCAAAGAAAUCAACCGGGCCCAUGCAGUCUUGAGUGAUCCGAGUAAAAGACAGAUAUACGAUCAGUACGGAUCGUUCGGAUUGUAUCUAGCGGAACAGUUGGAUGAGGAAACGCUCCACACGUAUUUUGCACUUCAGAAUCCGUGCGCCAAGGUGAAUGAUUAA